AUGAAAACUUCAGAUUUCAAAAUUUUUGUUGAAAGAUUCACUUGCACGAAAUCCACGAAUAAUCACAAUAAACGGAUCAUUUCUCGUCCUAAAGUUCGUAAUGAGUCUACGCGUAAGGGUCCUUAUUCACGACAAACAAUAAAGCGUGAGAGUUCUAGACAUUCGAAAUCUAAAGAAUUGAAGUAUCCACUUGACAAUGCAUUACUUGAUGUAAUAGAUCAUAAUUUGUUGGUUCUAUUUGUUGGGAUUAACCCUGGUAUAAAAAGCGCACAAAGUGGACAUCAUUUUGCUGGACCUACAAAUCACUUUUAUCCGUGUUUAGUUGAAAGCGGAUUAACUAAUUAUGAAGUCGUAAACUAUGAAAAUGAUAUCGAGUUAUCAAACAGAUUUCGAAUUGGAAUUAUCAAUGUUUGUUCCAGAACAAGUCGAUCUUCGGCAGAUUUGAGCAAAAAUGAAAUGAGGGAUGGAAUACCAGAUCUUAUUAAUAAAGUAGAUUCGUACAAACCAAAAAUUUUAUGCUUUGUGGGCAAAUGCGCGUAUGAAGCAUAUGAGAAAUCAUGUCAAGUUUCUAAUACAAAUAGAGAUAAAUCUUUAUCAUUCAAAUUUGGAUUACAAAAAAGAAAGAUGUCUUGGGCUGAUGACACUGGAUACACUAAAAUAUUUGCAAUGCCUUCUACAAGUGGUAGGGUUUCUCACUAUCAAAAAGGUGAUAAAUUGAAAUUGUUUAAAGAAUUAAAAAACUUGGUUGAUAUUGAAAGGGGACAAGAGGCAAAUGAUAUUUUUUUUUAA